AUGUCUUCAUUGUACAGUGCAAUAUUUCAGAUGAAAAACCAGAAUUCCAAGGACCAAAAUCUUACAAAUGCAGUUUUGAACAUUGCGAAUGCAAAGGAAUUGUUGCCAAUAAUUUGUGAACACUGUCAAAUGCAAGUCUGUCUGAGUCAUCGGCAUCAAGUGGAUCACAGAUGUAGUAAAUAUGAAGCCCCUACCGAAAAGAUGACUAAGACUUCUGAACAUGUUCGUCAAAUUAUUGAUUCAAAGAAAGAUAAAAGUCCUUUGAAGAAAGGUCCCAGUGGUGUCAAAUCUAAAAAGACUGCUGCUAAAGUUGCUCUUAUGAAAAUGAAAAUGCAUGCUGUAGGGGACAAAGGCUUGCCUCAGAAUGAAAGACUAUACUUUGAAAUAUUUUUGCCACUUGGCCACAGUGUACGUAGUCAAUCCAUGUUUUUCUCCAAAGUAUGGACUAUUGGUAAAACUAUUGAUAAGAUAGCGGAACUAGCAAAAUUGAAAAAUAACAACAAUAUAGUUACUGCACAGAAACUACGUAUAUUUGAUGAGAACGGUUGUAUUAUAUUACCUUUAGAGCAGUCAUUGGAUAGGCUGAUAGAAAGUGAGGUGUUUCACAGUGGAGGCUCUGUUAUAAUAGAGUAUGUAGAUGACAGUUGUGCUAAGUUGGAAAAUAUUGAGAGUUAUUCAUCACGAUAACCACACAGUUUAAUAUAUAAGUUUUAUGUCAGGUUAGAGAAGAUUUUUGUUAAUACGAGAUAAAGGAAGGAAUUGUAACAAGAUUUCUGAACUAAAGAGGAUACAGACAGAGUGAUGUAAUAUAUUAACUGGAAUGAAACUGGCUGAUACAAAAAUGCAAACUAUUUAUUUGUAUGCAUGUUUUGGUUAUAGUAACUGUUUUAUUGCAUGCAAAGCCUAUGUAUCGAACUAUAUUAUUUUUGUUGCCAUGCAGAUAUAAACCACAAACAUGUAUUAUUAUUGAGGUUGUAAACUGCACACUUGUUUUCAAAUUGAGAUUGUAAACAUCAUACCUGUAUUCAUGUGGAGAUUGUACACAUCGCACCUGUAUUCACAUGGAGAUUGUAAACGUCACACCUGUAUUCAUGUGAAGAUUGUAAACAUCACACCUGUAUUCACAUGGAGAUUGUAAUCGUCACACCUGUAUUCAUGUGAAGAUUGUAAACAUCACACCUGCAUUUGUGUGAAGAUUGUAAACAUCAUACCUGUAUUCAUGUGGAGAUUGUACACAUCACACCUGUAUUCACAUUGAGAUUGUAAACGUCACACCUGUAUUCAUAUGAAGAUUGUAAACAUCACACCUGUAUUCACAUGGAGAUUGUAAACAUCACACCUGUAUUCAUGUGAAGAUUGUAAACAUCACACCUGCAUUCAUGUGAAGAUUGUAAACAUCACACCUGUAUUCAUGUGGAUAUUGUAAACAUCGCACCUAUAUUCAUGUGGGGACUGUAAACAUCAUAUCUGUGUUCAUGUGAAGAUUGUAAACAUCACACCUGUAUUCAUGUGAA